AUGGAUGUGUUGGCGAGGCCAGAACCAGAUGGCAGGGAAAUUGCGGAGUUCAGUUCUGGAGAAAUAUUGCGAUUUCAAGGGCCAGACCAUUAUUGCCCCUUGAUUCCGCAUUCCUCUCGUGCCACAGAAAGGCAAUCCACCAAACUGUCUCCAUUUCCAUCCGUCCUGUUUCCUCGUGUUGCUGCUCUUGAGGGAGCAGUCUGCUCGGCACUAUACGUGAUGUCAAAUCCAUCGUUCAGACGGGCACAAACGGACCUGGGAAACUCAUCUCCGAGUCCGCUUCGACAUGGCUCAACAGCGUCGACCUCAUCUACUUGCUCUGUCUUCUCGAACCCUCUCACGCCCAGCCGUACAAGCACCAUCUCCUCCAAUGCGUCUAUCAGCUCUUCGAUUGGGAUUUUCGGCCACAAACGUGGGAAGAGCGAACUAGACACCUUGUCGUCGACCACCUCAAACAAUGCUAUGAUGUCUGACCGGUCUCCAACUGCCGCUGAAACCUACGAAAAUGUGCGUCGUUCUUUACGGCCGCUUCCACAGCCGCCGAACGCGUCUCCGAAUUCAACAAAGAGCAGCGCCACGCGCCAUUCGAGAAGCUAUACGGUCGACGAGACAAACUAUCGAAAGUCUCAAUCUCCAAGCACACCUGACCGGCGAAUACGAUGGCAGGAGAAUGAUCCUCCUGGCCAGAGCAACGGCGACUGCUCUUAUUCCCCGACGCCUCCACGUCCCAGGUCGCAGCAUUCACACAGCCAUUCCAGUCCGCACCCGCCCACACUACCGACAGCUCUGACGGCUCCAGAGCUUGAGACUUUUCAGAAAUCUUCAACCGGUCAUCUCCGGACCCUCUCGAAAUUUGCCAAAUCUGGAGAGAGCGAAGAAUUUGCGCUCGAUACCACAUCCCCCUCCGUGGUUGGGCUGCAGGGAAGAAGACGCCUGAAACGGGCGGAUUCAGUCCGUAGCGGCUCUAGCCCCGUCAAGAAGAAAAGUACAUCGUCAUGGGCGGCGGGAAACUGGAUGGACAAACAGAGGGAGUUCCUUCAGGCUUACGAAUAUCUUUGCCAUAUCGGAGAAGCCAAGGAAUGGAUAGAAGACGUCAUUCAGAAGCAGAUUCCUCCGAUUGUUCAGCUCGAGGAAGCUUUGCGGGACGGGGUGAUUCUGGCAGAGAUUGUACAGGCGUUGUACCCUAACCGAGUAUUCCGCAUCUUCCGACACCCGAAGCUCCAGUAUCGACAUUCCGACAAUAUCGCUCUUUUCUUCCGAUUUCUCGAUGAGGUUGAAUUACCCGACAUUUUUAGGUUCGAACUCAUCGACCUGUAUGAGAAGAAAAAUAUUCCCAAAGUGAUCCAUUGUAUCCAUGCCCUUUCGUGGUUACUCUACAAGAAAGGAAUCGUCGAUUUUCGCAUUGGCAACCUCGUUGGCCAGCUUGAAUUCGAACAUCAUGAGCUUGAACAGACGCAGAAGGGCCUGGAUAAAGCAGGUGUCACUAUGCCGAGCUUCUCUGGGAUGGGUGCCAGCUUUGGCGCGGAACCUGAACCGGAGCCGGAGCCAGAGCCGGUAGAAACCGAAGAAGAACGCAUCGAAAGGGAGUUACGCGAAAAAGAAGAUAUUAUCAGUGACUUCCAAGCCCAGAUUAGAGGGGCAUUAUUGCGGUUGAACUUGGGCAAUAUUAUGAACCACCUAUGGGAUAAUGAACACAUGAUAGUCGACCUUCAGUCAAGAAUACGCGGUGACUGGGCACGGCAGGUCAUCGGUUACCGGUUGAGUAUGCGUCGAUUUGCAGUGAAUCUGCAGGCGUUGUGUCGUGGAUUCCUGGUGCGACACAGGCAACGGAGCAACGAGGACUUUUGGAGAGCGAAGGAGCAAGAUGUCGUUAAGCUGCAGAGUCUGGCAAGAGGACGCAGAGCUAGGGCUCAGGUUCAGUACCUGAAAACUCAAAUGCGACGCGAGGAAUCCGGUAUCAAAUUUAUUCAAGCAGCUAUUCGAGGUGCUCUGCAACGAAAGAAAGCAUUCAAUCAAUACGAAGAGACCAAAGACGCGGAGGGCGAGAUCCAGUCCCUGCAGGCAGCAAUACGUGGUAUGCAAUUGCGCCGCUCAAUGAAGCAACUGAUAGCAAGCCUCGAUCGAGAAUUGCCUUCCAUUGUCUUUAUUCAAUCUGCUGCUAGAGCUCUUGCGGAACGAACGCGUCAAGCACAACUGAAGGAGGCAUUGGAUAGCUCAAACGAACAAUGGCUUGCUUUACAAUCCAUGGCUAGAGGUGCCGCUGUGCGGUGUCAACUCCAGCACCUCCGAAAUGAACUUGAGAAGCAACGGCCGUCGGUAUUGCUGCUACAAAGUCUCAUAAGAGCCAAUUUCGUUCGAGGACAGAUCGAGGAACAGAAGAGUUCUUUGGCACAAAACGAAACUCAAGUACUGGCUCUGCAGUCCAUGAUCCGCGGCCAUCUAUUCAGAAGACGAUUCCAUGCCGACCUUGAAAAUCUUCGGCAAAAUCAGGAACUGUUUACCAAUUUGCAGUCGUUUGCUAGAGCAGCAAUGUUGCGGAAAGAUGUCGGCGAUCUUCUGUCAAAACUCAGGCAGAACGAGGAGGAGGUCGUACAGCUUCAGGGACUUGCCAGAGCUAUGCUUGUCCGACUUGACGUUGGCAAGAUUUUGACUGAUUUGGAGGAAGAAGAGGAGCGUAUCGUUGAUCUUCAAGCAUGCAUCCGGGGGAAUCUCGUUCGAUCUCGAUUUGCCGAGAAGCAGCGUUACUUCCGGGAAAAUAUGGAUAAAGUGAUCAAAGUCCAGAGUUACGUGAGAGCUAAGAUCCAGGGUCAGGCAUACAAGAGUCUCACGAGUGGCAAAAACCCACCUGUUGGAACUAUCAAGGGUUUUGUCCAUCUCCUCAAUGACAGCGAUUUUGACUUUGACGAGGAGAUUGAGUUUGAGCGGUUGAGGAAAACUGUCGUGCAACAGGUUCGGCAAAACGAGUUAGCAGAUCAAUACAUCACCCAAUUGGACAUCAAAAUCGCGCUGCUCGUCAAGAACAAAAUUACACUCGAUGAAGUCAUUAAGCAUCAGAAACACUUCGGUGGUCAUUUCGGAUCUCUGCUGCAGAACACCGACAUCUCAUCGAAGGAUCCAUUCGAUCUCAAAGCUCUGAACAAAAAUUCAAGAAAGAAGCUGGAGCAAUACCAAGUGUUGUUCUUCCUUCUUCAGACGCAACCCCAGUACCUGGCUAGACUCUUCCGAAGACUCCGUGAGCAGAACGCGGGUGAGAAAGAGUACGAGAGGGUCAAACAUCUCGUCAUGGGGUUGUUUGGCUAUGCUCAAAAGAGGCGUGAGGAGUAUUACCUGAUUAAGCUGAUUGCCCGAUCGAUUAAAGAAGAAGUUCAAAGUUGUCCGUCGCUUCAGGAUUAUAUCCGGUGCAAUUCGUUCUGGAACAAACUCUUCGUGGCUUAUGUGAAGUCGCCUCGAGACCGCAAGUUUAUGCGUGACGUUCUAGGGCCCCUGGUCAAGGAAUGGGUGAUUGAAAACCCGGAACUGGAUCUAGAGAGCGACCCAAUACAGAUAUAUCGCGCGGCAAUUAGGAACGAGGAACUUCGCACUGGUCAGAGGAGCAAACGUCCGCGUGAUAUCCCAACUGAAGAAGCCAUCAGGGAUCCAGAAACCAGGUCGAUAUUCAUCCAACACCUGCAGGACCUGCGUGAUAUCGCCGACCAAUUUCUGAGCCGACUUCAGGAGUGCCUACCUCGAAUGCCUUUCGGAAUUAGAUAUAUUGCGAAGGAAAUGUAUGAAUACCUUCUGGCUCAAUUCGGCAAUGAAGAUCCCGGUUACAUUCUUCAGAUCGUCGGGCAGUGUAUCUGGAGAAAUUAUUUCCACCCUGCCGUGCUAGAGCCAGACAAGCACGGGGUGAUCGAUCGGGGUCUAAACCCAGAACACAAAAAGAAUCUUGGAGAAGUCGCCAAAGUUCUCUCACAAGUGGCAUCUGGCAGGUUGUUUGGAGCCGAAAACGUUUAUCUCCAACCACUCAAUACCCAUGUCGGAGAGUCAAUCCUGCGUCUCGGCCGCAUAUGGGGUGACAUGAUCUCUGUGCAGGACGCAGAGUCUUACUUCGAUAUUGAUGAGUUUAAUGACCUUUACGCCAAAACAAAGCCUACGCUGUACAUCAAAAUGUCGGACAUCUUCUCUAUCCAUCAACUCGUGGCAUCUGAGAUCCAGCACAUCUGUCCCGCUCAAGAUGACGUUCGGGAGAUCAUUCGAGAUCUGGGUAAUGUCAAAACUAACGAGAGUGAGCUCAUGACCGUCAGCUCGUCGGAGAUUAGCUUGACGCUACAUCCUAAGCUUACUAAUGUCGAAGAUCCCGAGGCUGGUAUCAAAGCUCUUUUCAUGGAAACCAAGCGUUGCAUUCUCUAUAUUAUUCGGGUUCAAUCGGGCGCUAAUUUGUUGGAAAUUAUGGUCAAACCGCCCACGGCCGAAGACGAGGAGCGGUGGCGGGCCCUUGUGCAAGACGAACUCUCUGCAAACAAUUCUCGAAGGAGAGGUGCAUACUCUGAGGCCAGCCCAAUUCUCGACCUGAGCACCAUGAGUUAUGCUGAGUUGAAACGAAUUGCGCUCGAAAACAUUCUGGAACUCGAGAAAGCAGGCAAGAUCAGCCGCCACAACCAAUACCAAGACAUCCUGAAUUCAAUUGCGGUGGAUAUUAGAACGAAGCACCGGCGGAGGAUCCAACGGCAGAAGGAGCUUGAGAGUGUCCGAUUGACGCUGUCACGGUUGAAUGAUCAAGCUGUCUACCUCGAGCAACAACUCAAGACGUACAACGACUACAUUGAGCAAGCCAUGGUCACACUUCAAAACAAGAAGGGCAAGAAGAGAUUCCUCCUGCCAUUCACCAAGCAGUGGGACCACGAACGAGAACUGCAGAAAUCUGGACGAGUUUUCAAAUUCGGCUCCUACAAGUACUCGGCGCGCAAUCUGGCCGACAAGGGCGUUUUGGUAUACUGGAAAGGCUACACAGAGCGCCAGUGGGACCGGGUUGACCUUACCAUCUCCAGUAACGAGGUCGGUGCCAGCGCUCAGAUUCCGUUGGACGACCUCUUGCAAGCACAGUUCAACAACACCCAGUUCCUUGACUUCUUUGAGGGAGCUCUCCGGGUGAACGUUAAUCUUUUCUUGCAUCUUAUCAUGAAGAAAUUCUAUACUGACAUGUCUUUUCAUGAUAUCCAAAGGUCUCAUGAGGGCGGAGUUUUCAGGAAGUGCGGAUUGAAGACUCCUUAG